AUGGACUUGAAAUCCGGUACAUUAUUGGUACCACCGGCUGUUAAAAACUCUAGUUGUUCACAUCCCCGCUAUACCAGCCAUAAUUUUCUGCAGCACGUUGGCAUUGUUGAAACCGUUGAGGCAGUGCUAAUACUCAUACUGACGUUGGGUGUAAUCGGAGCCAAUGCCCUGGUGAUAUUUGUCAUAAAUAACAGACGCUAUUCGCCCUAUAUACAUCAGCAGCCCCGCUAUUUGCUAACAUCGCUGGCUCUGAAUGACCUCACCAUUGGUUUGCUUAUCACACCAUUUGGUUUAUUGCCAGCAUUGUUCCAUUGCUGGCCUUAUGGUGAAAUCUUUUGCCAAAUUCAGGGUCUAUUGCGCGGUGCAUUGUCCCAACAAAGUGCCGUCAUACUUGUGUGCAUGGCCGUCGAUCGAUAUAUGUGUUCGUUGCAUCCGCGCCGCUACUAUCAACAUUCAAGUAAAAAGGGUUGUGUGGCCGUUCUUAGCCUGACUUGGAUUAUAAGUCUGACAAUAUUUGGCUUUUUGGUUUUACCCAAAGGCUACUAUUUCAAUAAUACCGGCCUAAUGGCCUGCGAGCCAUUUUACAGCAAGGCCUCAUAUCGUAUAUUGGCCACAUGUGGUUUUUAUUUCCCCACCACCAUGGUGCUAAUGUACUGCUACGGUUCGAGUUUUCAUAUGAGCCGUUUUGCACCCAACGAAGCUACGAUGCCGCUGUCAGCGGCCCUGCAACAUCCAGCCUAUCAGCAACAACAACAGCACCAUCAGCAGCAGUUACAGCAGCAGCAACAACAACAGCAUCCACCCUAUUAUCAUCCGUAUCACUCACACAUGCAUAUGAUGCAUCCUCAUAGUCAACAUCAGCAGCAGCAGAUGCAACAACAGCAUCAGCAGUUACAACAACAUCAUCAGCCACCGGUAAUGAACCUCAGCAUGGCCAUGAGUAUGGGCAUGGGUUUCACGGGGAAUACCAUAACGAAAAAGAUUGCCCCGCCACCGACCAGAGAAAAGAAAUCAAGUGGAGCCACAUCACGUUCCAUGGCAGCCAUUUCAUUGGGCUUCAUUGUUAUGGUUACACCCUGGACAAUACAGGAGAUUGUGGCAACAUGUACCGGGUCAAAGCUACCUCCCUUUUUGGACUUUGUGGUCACCUGGACAGCCUUAAGCAAUAGUUUUUGGAAUCCCUUCAUUUAUUGGCUGCUAAAUGAUGACUUUAGGCGCAUUAGCAAAAAGGUCAUGACUCCUUGGAGGUGUAAGCGUCAAGAAGAUACGCCGGAAAGUAAAUCACCCUGUUGUCACAUAAAUUCCGAUUUAGAAAUCACCACAUUACCAAUGCCACCCGAACCACCCACCUCACGACCACCACAAAACAGCGGUGGCAGUGGUGGCGGCGGAGGCGGUGGUUCCAUCAUCGGUGGCAAAGGUCAUCUGUCAUCGGGCAAAACAGCCUCCAUGCUGGGCAUCUGUGCCCGUGGCCGCAGCAACAGCCUUAAUCGCAGCUCUUCGUUUCACAUCAAGAGCGGCCUGCAUCACACCCACCAUACCCACCAUAUGCGUCCCGACAUCGAAGGUCUCUCCGAGAAGUAUUGGGGAGAAAUUCUCGAACGUACCGUCAGCUCCAAUAGCCUGCAUGCAGCCAUGCAAAAGUCAGCCUAUGGUUCGGCUGCGAUGCACGCCUAUCAUCAUGCCUACCAUCCCACACCGACACCGGUCAGCAACACCAUGACAACGUCGUUCAGCAAGCACAGCGAUCUAAAUCUUCAUAUAACGGAACAGGAUGAUGUCUUGGUCGAGUCGGGUAAUACUGGGAUGCCGGUUAGUGAUCUCAAUAAAUUCUCCACAUCCGAACCGAAGCUGUAUCAGCCGCCACAACAUGCCGACGAAGCUGAUUAUGAGCAUGAUGAGGCCACACAUUGUGCCAAGACGAAAGCCAAUACGGAGGCCAAUCGUAGCCUGGGUGUGACCAGCAGUGCUGGUGGAGGACGUACCACCCUGCCGGAUAUUUAG